AUGGCGGAAAAGAAUUUGGAAGUUUGCGGGAGUGUUAUGGACGGGGUGGCUGAAAAGGGAGGGGUGCUUGAGUCUCCCACUAAAAAAUCUCCUGUUGAAUACGUGGUUUAUCCCAUAAGAUGGGCAGUUUUAUUCAUCUUUGUGUUCUACUCGGCAUCUAACUCGAUGCAAUGGAUCCAGUACAGCAUUAUUCAAGACGCUAUUGUAAAGUAUUACGGAGUCAACAGUAUUACUGUUUAUUGGACCUCGAUGAUUUAUAUGAUCACUUACAUUCCGCUGAUUUUCCCGGGAAGCUGGCUUUUGGACAAGACCGGUCUUCGUGUGACAACAAUCAUCGGUGCGUUUGGCACAUGCGCGGGAGCAUGGCUGAAAGUAUUUUCGGUCCCACAAGACAGGUUCUGGCUGGGCUUCACUGGACAAACUGUGGUGGCUAUCUCCCAGGUCUUCAUUCUGAACGUGCCACCGAGGCUUGCUGCCGUCUGGUUUGGCGCUGACCAGGUCUCUUCGGCAUGCAGUGUUGGUGUUUUUGGUAAUCAGCUAGGAGUGGCUCUCGGCUUCGUCCUUCCCCCGAUGUUAGUGGGGGCCAAUGGCACCAUCCAGGAGAUCGCCACUGACCUCCAGAGAAUGUUCUACAUCGUGGCUGGACUCACCAGUGUUAUCUUCGUUCUUAUCGUCCUAUUCUUCAAGGCAGCUCCACCGACCCCACCGUCAGCGGCCGCGGACCUUGGUAACAGCCUGGACUCCAACUUCCUGCAGUCCAUCAAGAAGCUAUUGACCAACAGGAACUACAUUCUUUUGCUCAUCUCGUACGGCCUCAACGUCGGUGUCUUCUACGCCAUCUCUACGCUUUUGAAUCAACUUAUUUUGACCUAUUAUCCAGGUGCAAACCAAGACGCUGGACGCAUCGGCUUAGUCAUUGUGGUAGCCGGUAUGGCAGGAUCGGUGCUUUGUGGGCUGGUGCUGGACAAGACACAUAGAUUUAAAGAGACAACCCUGGCGGUGUAUGCGGCUUCCUGUAUCGGAAUGGUCAUCUUCACCUUUACCCUGAACUGUGGAUAUAUUGGCGUUGUUUAUUUAAGCUCCAUUCUUCUUGGAUUCUUCAUGACCGGAUACCUGCCUGUAGGGUUCGAGUUUGCAUCUGAAGUCACAUACCCCGAACCGGAAGGCACUACUUCGGGAAUUCUCAAUGCUGUUGUCCAGAUUUUCGGCAUCGUCCUCACUCUCCUCUACGAAUGGAUGCUCAAUACAGUUCAUGAUCGCUGGGCAAAUCUUACCCUCUGCGCUAUACUUGCCGUCGGUACUGGUAUCACUGCGGCCAUCAGGUCUGACCUUCGUAGACAAGCAGCUCAGAACAAAGGCUAAGCUUAUUGAUUUAUUAUUUCUUGACUAUUAAGUUCUUGGAAGAGGCUUACUAAAUGCUUUCCCUUGUCUUGAAGUUCUCUAUAAAAAAAAAUUCUCAGUAUUUAAUUGGAUGAAUUGAAAAAAUCGUUUGAUUGGUAAUGAUCAAAGAAUCGGCAAUAAAUAUAUAUUAGUACCUAAUAUAGGAUCAAAAUCCUACGUAAACAAUGUAGUGGUCGUAUAGAAAAAUGAGUUUAGAUUUAGAAAGAAAAUUGCUGAUAUAAGUGUCAAUGAAAGUUACAUUAUAAAUAGAGUGAAAUUUAUAAAACAAUGUCAGCAUGGUAAAAUGAAGAAGAAGCAGUUUUGUGAAGAAUAUUUUCACGAGUAUUAACCGGUGUUACUCAAGACUGCUAUGAGAUCAUAGAGAUGGUAAUAGAUACGACGUAUCCUGUAACAGUGAUAAAUGUUCCCCGACUUAGCCUACGCUAAGUUUUAAAUUUGUAAUGUAGAAUAACGAUCUUGAAAUCGUCUACUUCCUAUUUCGUAAUGUUAUAGUACUGUCGGGUCAAAAAGUGAAUCUUACAAGUGUUCAACAAUCUUAUUAAAGAUCAACUUUGAGAUAGAAUAUCAUGUUUCUCAUAGAUGGCGCGAAAAAGUAUCUGUUUAAACACAAUACAAAGACCUGCAACAAUCACAUAGAGAAAUUCUUAAGGUCAGCUGACAAGGGACAAGGGGAUCUACUCCCAUUCUUCUACCGACAUCCGUCUGAAGCAAUUGCUGUCAAGUAAUAUUCGACCAAAUCAAUAAACAAUGUCACGUAUGAAGCUUCAUUCGCAUAAUGCGUUUUUUAAUUUGGUCGAGUAUUACUUAUUUGACAGCAAUUGUUUCGGACGGAGAUCGGAAGUAGGCUUUUAGAUUUGUGGCACAGUUGGUAAGAGCGGUUGCCCCGGUUUGGCAAACCGACUUUGGACCCCGAUUCAGAACUCUUUGAUAUUUUAACCGAUGAUUGCAUACAAUAAUUUUUGUACGAGUAAAUUAAUAUAAUGAAACAUAACCAAUUGAAAGAUCAUUUUAUUUAUAUUGUUU